AUGGAAUCCCCCAAAAAACCCACAUUCCUAGUCCUGUUGCUACUGAGCGCAGUGUUGCUCGCGGCUGCCGAGAAAGAGACGAAAGACAUUGACGUGGACAACGAAGACUACGGAGACGAACUGGAGCGCGGGCACCGCAAGCGACGCAGGAAACAACAGCAGCAGCAGGCGGCGGCCGGGCCCUGCGGCGCGCUGGGCUUCGGACGCACCCUCGGCUGGGGCGGCGGCCCCUCCAACACCUACGUGUCAGCUCCCGUCCAGAACUACUACAUAGGCUGUGGAGGCGCGCAGCCGCAGCAACAGCCGUUCUUCCCCGUCGCCCCCCUCCCGCCCUUCCAGCCCUACCCCGGCGGCUUCGGGGGACACCACCAGCACAACCACCAUCACAACCACGGAGGCCACGGAGGGCACCACGGCGGCGGCUUCAACGGAUACCCACAGCCGCAAUUCAAUUACCAGAACCAAGGGUUCAAUCAGCAGCCUUUCUACGACCAGUACCAGCCGUACAGCCAGGGCUACCAGAGGCCGCAGCGCCCAGGCAUAGUGUCGGCGGCCGCGUCGGGGCUGGGGACAGCCCUGGCUGACUACAUCAGCGGGGGUAACCGACCCAAGAAAACAUACAAGCAAGUCACAAAAACAGUGAACCAAAUAUUCAAGCCUCUGUACAAUUUGUUUUAA